AUGCACGGCAAGCUUACACCAUGGGCACUUGGUAAAUUGCCAACCACUAUCCCCGACCCUGCAUCGCGUGGCAUAUCGCUGCUUCAAAUACAAGAACUUUCUGCAUUUGUUCAACGACUAUGUAAAACAGGGGUCUUACGACGUGCAGAUCAACUUGGUGGCUCUGAAUGGCUGCACUGGGAAGACAUUUCCGUGCGGGAGACUGCCAACUUGAUUCUAAAACCAGCCAUCAAGUAUUUGGCUGCUGGUAUUUCCAAGAGCCAGGUGGGAGACCGAUGCUCAGCUGAGCAGACCUGGAGCUGGGUUGAGCUUGUCGCCUAUGGUCCACAAGACCCCAAAAUCUUCGUAUCAUUCAGCAAGUACUGUGCGUUCCGAGACUUCAUUGGCAAUGUGAACCAUUUGGCUGAUGACCAAGGUCUCACUCUCCGAGACAACAUGUGGAUUGGCAUGUUUGCAUUUGAAGUGCCUUCCCCAUCACAAGUGUUUGACUUGCUGAAUUCUCCAUCAUUUAGUGCUUUCUCCAAGUCGGAAGCGACAGCCCUUUUCCUCGACAAACAUGCUAGCAUUUUAGAACGAAGCUGGUGCAUUUUCGAGAUGGCCAUCAUCACAGAUACCACAACCAGCCGUCGCCGGUGGAAGCUGCGAGAAGAGAUUGGAAAUUUGCAGGGUUGCAGCAUGUUUGAUGUGGAAGACGAGAAUGUGUUGCAAAUUGAGAUAGAGAGACACAAGGAGGAUAGACCGAGCAGUGACCCACCUCAGUCUGAGAAGGGGCCGAAGGAGGUAUGGGAUUGGCUCAAUAGCGAAAUGGCUGGAGGAAGUGACUCUACUGUUCCACGGCAACAGCUGCGAGAGAGGAUCCGUUCGAUGCAGCACGAGGGAGUGAACGCAAAGCGCUUGGAUGGCUCGCCAGAGUAUCAGCAUGAGCAUUGCCGGGAAACCCAGAAAAGCCAUACUUCCCUGAAGUUCAAAAUGCUGGAGCACAGUAUUCGCCAGGAAUGUCGCAAGGCGCUCGAGGCAUUCCCUAUUGAUAGCGAGUUGAAAUUCCAGGAUGUAAAGCUGGUGGAACUCUUCAACGCGAUUGAACUCCAUGCUGAGGACCGCCGAAAUGGGAGCUGA